CGAAAUGACACCAUCAUAAUCCUUUUAUUUUAUGAAUAAUAGUACAAACAUAAUAUUAUAACCGCAGAUCUCUCCAUUCCUGUUCAUCUACUUUCUCUCGGAGACCUUUGAUCUGCGAUUAUUCUCUUAAUUCACCUGCGUUAAUCGUUGUUUAUCGGUUAACCUUUCUGUUUCAGUAUUUUCUUGCAAUAUUAUGUGGUUUAUUUUGGAUGCAUCUCAGUAAUUUUCAUUUUCAUGCGGCGAGCUGAAUUAGAGUAACUGGGAUUUUGGGAGUAAAGGGUUUUAGCUGUUGUAUUAAAAGAGAGAUAAUUAGUUGUACAGAAUGGCGUGUAAGGGGUUUUGGGAGUGCCUCUUGAAGCUUUUGAACUUCUUCUUAAUGCUUGUGGGUUUGGCUAUGGUUGGAUAUGGCAUAUACCUCUUUGCGGAGUACAAGAAUGCUGCUUCCUCUGGUGGUGAUGCGCCCCUUCCCCCACCUAGUCAGGAUCUUGUACAGCUUGGUCGGCCCAUGCUGUUAGCUGUUUCUUUGGCCGAUAGCAUUUUUGACAAACUGCCAAAGGCAUGGUUUAUAUAUCUUUUCAUUGGAAUUGGUGUAGCUGUUCUUUUUGUUGCUUGUUGUGGUUGCAUUGGAACGGCAACUCGAAAUGGUUGCUGCCUGACUUGUUUUUCAAUACUGGUCAUCCUGUUGAUAUUGGUGGAGUUGGGAGCGGCUGCUUUUAUAUUCUUUGACAAAAGCUGGAGGGAGGAAAUUCCAACGGACAAAACUGGGAACUUUGAUGAGAUAUAUGAAUUUCUGGAGGAUCAUUGGGAAAUUGCCAAGUGGGUUGCCCUUGGUGCUGUUAUACUUGAGGCAAUUAUAUUUUUGUUAGCUCUCAUUGUAAUGGCUGCUAAUAGACCAGCAGACUAUGAUAGUGAUGAAGAAUAUGUAGGUCCACCAAGGCAACAGAUCCGACAGCCAUUAAUAAAUAGACAACCUGUUCCAGCCACCGGUAUCUCUGCUGCUAAUACCCUUGACCAGCGCCCCAGUAGAAAUGAUGCAUGGAGCACACGUAUGAGAGAAAAGUAUGGGCUAGAUACUUCGGAGUUCACAUACAACCCUUCCGAGUCAGGCAGGCACACACAAGCUGCUGCACAACCAGCCGAGGAAGGGGGUGGCUGCAUCAUAAUGUGAUGUCAAUGCUGGUUUUGCACGAAUUGGUUUGUUUUGAACCGAGUUUGAAGUAAUUGGUGUGAGAUCUUGGUUUGUUUGAACCGGAUUGUAAGUAAUUGGUGUGAGAUCUUUGUAUCUAAUGAGAUCAAUACUCAACAGAAACACAUGAUUUAAUUUUAAGUCUUGUAUUUUACUGAGUGUGAUCAUCAUUUAGCUUAUUGGUUGAACAAA